AUGAAGCAAGAAAUCAAUAAUUUUAUGCAGACAGAUUCUGAAUCUGUAUACCAGGCAUGGGAAAGAUUAGCAGCAAUGUUAAGAAAAUGCCCACAUCAUGGUAUCCAAGACCCUGACAUUUUAUAUAUUUUCUAUCACGGUCUUAAACCCUCUGCUAGAAAUGUAAUUGAUGCAGCAUCAAGAGGAUCAAUAAUGGGAAAAACUACUACACAAGCAAUGCAAUUGCUUAAUGAAAUUUUGAAAAAUGCUGUUCAAUGGCCCUCAGAUAGAAUGACUAUCAAAAAAAUGGCAGGAGUAAAUCAAGUUGAAGCUUUGAAUUCAUUGACACAACAAAUUGCGACUUUAACACAAAAAGUGGAGGCUUUUCAGGUAGGUGCUCACUCAUCAUCCCAACUUGAGAAUUGUGAUGUUUGUCAAGGUAAUUAUCCGAAUCAUGAAUGUCAAGCUUCAACGCAAAAUGAAGAACAGCAGCAGGUACAGGGACCGCCUGGUUUUCAAAAUCAAAAUAGAGGGCAACAAAAUUUUCAACAAUAUCAGCAGCAACCUCAAAGAGCUCAUCAACAAAGCCUUGAAGACCUGAUGUAUAAAUUCAUUAAGGCUACUGACGAGAAGGUUAAAAGUCAACAUUCAGCUAUCAAGAAUUUGGAAAUUCAGGUAAGCCAAUUAGCAACCCUCAUGUCUGGACAAAUUCAAGGUGCUCUACCAAGCAACACUGAGAAAAAUCCAAAAGAACACAUCAAAGCCAUCUCUCUACGAUCAGGUAAAUCUCUUGGUGAUCCAUAUGCAGAUAGAGAAGGAAAGCCACAAGAAGUGGAAAAGGUAAAUGAAGAUGCUUUGACGCAAAUGCCUUCAUAUGUUAAAUUUCUCAAAGAAAUUUUGUCAAGUAAAAGAAAAUUGGAAGAAGUUUCAGUGGUUAAGCUUACAGAAAAAUGUAGUGCUAUACUUAAAAAUAAGCUUCCUCAGAAACUUGGUGAUCUGGGAAGUUUUACAAUCCUUGUACCGAAAUUAGAAGUUGGUGAAAUGAAAGAUACUGGUGUGUCUCUUCAAUUAGCUGAGCAAAGUACUAAGAGACCAAAAGGAAUUAUUGAAGAUAUCCUUGUCAGAGUUGACAAAUUUGUAUUCACAGUAGAUUUUAUAGUGCUUGAAAUGGAAGAAAAUACUGAGGUACCAUUAAUUUUAGGUAGACCAUUUCUCGCAACAGGGAGAGCAAUUAUUGAUGUUCAUCAAGGACAACUAAUUUUGCGAGUUGAUGAGGAAAGAGUAAUUUUUGACAUGCAGAAAAUGAUGAAAUAUCCUGGGGAUGAGUCAUCAACAUCUUGUUUUCAAAUUGACUUACUAGAUGACCUUGUAGACGAAUACAAAGAUAAUCACUUAAUUACUAUUCAUUGGAAAGAUGUUUAG